CCGGCGGCGCGGCCAUGGCGGUGUUCGUGACGCGGCGGAUCCCGACCGAGGGGCUGCGGGUCCUGUCGCAGGCCAGCGGGUGCCGCGUCCAGCUAUGGGACUCGGAGGAGCCGGUGCCGCGGGCAGAGCUGCUGGCGGGAGUGGCGGGGAAGCGCGGGCUGCUCUGCCUUCUCUCCGACCGCAUCGACCGCGAGGUGCUGGAUGCCGCUGGGCCCGACCUGAAAGUCAUCAGCACCAUGUCCGUGGGGUUCGACCACCUCUCCUUGGAGGACAUCAAGCAGCGAGGGAUCCGUGUGGGGUACACCCCUGACGUCCUGACUGAUGCCACUGCAGAGCUCUCUGUAGCUUUGCUUCUCUCUGCGUGCCGCCGGCUGCCAGAGGCAGUGGAACAGGUCAAGAAUGGUGGCUGGACAACAUGGAAGCCGUUAUGGAUGUGUGGAUAUGGUCUGUCUGACAGUACGGUGGGCAUCAUAGGUCUGGGGAGAAUAGGACAGGCGAUUGCCCGCCGCCUGAAGCCGUUUGGGGUCAAGAAGUUUUUAUACACUGGCAGUGGCCCGAGACCAGAGAACGCUGCAGAGUUUGGAGCUGAUUUUGUCCCACUCAUGAAGCUGGCCGAAGAGUCGGACUUUGUUGUGGUGACGUGUGCUUUGACUCCAGCCACCCAGGGAAUGUGCAACAAGGACUUCUUUGCCAGAAUGAAGAAAACCUCUGUGUUUGUCAACACAAGCAGGGGGGCUGUGGUGAACCAGGAGGACCUGUAUGAGGCGCUGGCCAAUGGCCAGAUCGCAGCAGCGGGGCUGGACGUCACGACACCGGAGCCGCUGCCCACUGACCACCCGCUGCUCUCCCUCAAGAACUGUGUGAUCCUGCCGCACAUCGGGAGCGCCACGUACGCAACGAGGAGCACCAUGGCCGUGCUGGCAGCCAACAACCUGCUGGCAGGGCUGCGUGGGGAGCCCAUGCCCCACGAGCUGCAGCUGUGAGGGCCACGGCCCUGCGCCCCAGGGCAGCAGCACUCACUGUGGCCAUGCCCUGCAGACGCCUCACAGACCAGUCCCGUGCCGUGGUGCCCUUGCAGAGCGGUGCCCGUGGGGAGGGGGUUGUGCCACAGCCAUUAAAGAGCA